CCCAUUAAUGGCGUCUUCGUCCCAUCCCUCGCUACUAGAGGAUCCCUAAGCCAAGGGGGGGCCUCGCUGCGCAAUCUUGACGGAAUAUUUAAAAGCUCCGUCCAGUCUGCUGUCAACGUCGUCGGCUCAACCCGGCGGCGCUCGGCAUCCUUCGACUCUGUCGGCUAUGCUCGGCCACCUCGGGUAGCUACAGCGGAGCAGCAGGACUCGUCCAUCACCGUCCGGUCCGGUCUCGCCGAAGGGAGCGGUGAGCUAGACUUAGGGGAGUGGAGGGUCAGUGAAGCAUAGUCGAACGCCAGGCCAGACCAGGCCAGGUCGGGCCAGGCAGGGAAGAUGGCUGCCGCGGCGAACGUCGCGCCGGAGAAUCAGUACUUCUACGAGGAUGUCGUCUAUCGCGUGGACAAACGGGGCAACGUCGUCUUCGGCAUCGUCAUGGAGAACGACGACCAGGACAUGUCCGAGGAGAGCUCCGACAGCGAGGAGAGCCUGCCGAAGCGGAAGAAGGGCGAGAUACGCAUGAUCUGGCAUCCGUCCGGUGUCGAGGAGUUGGUCAACUGUAAGAAGGUUCACCUGGCUGAUAGGACCCUCAUGCCUGGAGACGUAGUACGUAGGAUGAUCAGGGGUAAAGAUACACAGAGAGGUUACUGCAGAGAUAUUGAACUGACUGCGUGCGUGCAAGUUAUUGGUACCAAACAGGUGCUUACAAAUAUCAAGAGCGAAGACCUAAUUCCAUUGCAGGAAUUUGCAACGGAUAUGGCAGUCUGUAUGGAUUCUUGGGUUGGUGGCAUUAGAAUGACACAUUUUAAAUUAUGGUUGGUAACACCGGACGGAUCGCAUUGUGUCAUAAACGAGAUGGAUUCCUGUGUGUUGGGACAACUAGAAGAGACUCGAGAUAACGACAAUGAUUUUCCGCAUUCUACCGAAUUCUACCCUGGUCAAAGCCUGUGGGGCCCUGUUCAUUGUCUGGAGGAUGCGCAGUGGAUUCAGUGCACUAAGGAAAUGAAGGCAAAGAGAAAAUUGAAACCGCAAAAGAUAACGAAAGUAAUUGUGGAGAAAGUGGAGACCGACUGGGUCGGCGUGCACUGGCAGUGUCGAGCAUAUUCGAAGGACGGUGCCUGGUCCGAUCAAGCACAACCAAAAUUCGUGGUCGAGGGUGAAGAUCUGAAGAAGUUGAAACUGCUCAAUGUGUUCGAGCCUUCGACGGUGCAGGUCGGCGAUCGCAAUUUUUACAUUAUUAAGGGAAACGAAAACGUUAUCACCCGCGAGCAGUGGCGAAAACAGCAGAGGGAUAUCUACCAAGUUCCUAAGCAGAGUCCGAAGAAGACGCGUCUGAAUAUUAUGGUGACGAAGCUGCCGGAUGACAAAAAAAAGGAGCAGAGAAAGGAUAAAACGUUCGAUCAACGAUCGGUAGAAGAGGGCAGUCAAAGUAAUGGCGUUCACUCGCAGGAUGUUGUGAGUAAUAACACUUUGAUGCCGCCGCCUCAAAAUCAGCACCCCGAAAGUUCGGACGAGUGGGAUACCGAAGAUACCACGGGCUCGCAAAGUGAUACCGCUUCGGUCUCUAGCGGCUGCUCCAGCAUGUCGUCAAUGGGAAAGAAAAAGAAGGGUCCUGCAUUGAUGACGAAAGUGCUGAAGAAAAAGAAGUUGCGAAAAGCAAAAAAGAAAGUACCACCUGUUCCGUUAAUUCCUGGGACAAAGAUAGUUGUAGAAACUUUGUCCACUAAUACAAAAGCUAAUGUUGUGUGGCAAGAUGGUUCAGUAGAAUUUGGCAUACCAUCAACACAAUUAUACCCAAUUCAUCAUCUGGAUGAUAAGGAAUUUUUCCCAGGUGACUUUGUCGUAGACCAAAAAGAGGAAUCUAGAAUGUAUGGUGUUGUACAAAGUGUCGAUCAUCAAGGCCGUACUGCCAAGAUAAAGUGGUUUCGGACAUAUACUUCUAGUCAAAAUCCAGAGCCGAUCUUUCUCGAGGAACGCGAAGUGAGCGUUUACGAUUUGAAGGAUCAUCCGGAUUUCCAGUACAGACCGGGAACCCUAGUGAUUCGAAUAGCGAAUUUCGAGGGCGAGGACGCUGGAUGCACCGCCGGUCAAGUGUUGGACAAUUACCCGGAGGGACGAGUGAAAGUAUGGUGGGUCGACGGUCAUGUUAGUAUGUGCUGGCCGCAAGAUCUGUACAAGGUCGGGGAAUACGACAGUGACGAAGGGGAACUGUGGGAUGAUGUUUCAUCCGAUUCAUCAUGGGAAACGGAACUGGAGGAUUGCUUUAUCGCCGAUAAUGAUGGUACUGAGCAGACAGAAUUGGAGAACAUAAAACCAAAGUUAGCGGCACACAUCGAGAAGGCCAGAAUCGCAAUGUCGAGAUUGGAAGAGAUCUUCACGCAAAACCCAUCGUUGCAGACAACAGAAGUGAUGAGGAAACUUCUAGAGGUCUACAAAGACUGUCGUUAUAUGGACAAAUUGAUGGGCACCUCGUUCUUUCACGAAUGCCACUUCCAAGGACUCCUCGAGCGGGUGAGAGAACGCGGUAGAGCGAAUGUCGCGCAACGCAUGGCCGAUCAAGUGACGAGACUCUUCACACCUAAAACGGAAUAUCCGGAAGAAUCGCUGGAUAAUUUAAAGAAUUCGAAAAAUGGCGAUGAGCAAUGUGCAAUUAGUGUAUCGGAGAAGGAGCAAGUCUCUACAAUCAUUAAUAGAUCGGAAAUUGACAAUACUACUAGUAUCGAGAACAAUACCAAAAAGCAGGAGGACGAGGAGCCGGUUAAUCAAUUAUUCAUACGUCCCAAUCCCGAGGAUUCUGGAUUGUAUUCGGCUGAGAACUCGAAGAAGGAGUCGGGUUCCAGCGAGUCCAGCGGGGAAUUCCUCAUGAGCGAGGACGUUAACAACGUCCCGGAAUGCUCAUCCACGACGAAUGUCGCGAGCCUGCCCGACAAGGCAGAGACAACUAACAGGGUGAAAAAAGUGCCGACAAGCCUUGCAACUUCUCAGAACGUCGGAACGUGUGCGUCACACGUGUGCGUCAAGUUGUGUAAUCUGAUCAAAGCGCAGCUCGUGUUGGCGCACGCCGAAGUGUCUAGGAGGUUCGGUCUAGGCAAGAUGUCGUUGUCGGACGCGGAGAAGACUUCCCCGCGGAAGAAACAGAAGGGCGAGGAAGAAGAGGAACGCGUGGAGACGAUGGCGGAUCCGUCCGAGUGUUCCGUCGAAAUACCACCGCCGGUUUACACCGAGGGCGAAGGCUUCUCUAUAGAGGAGACCGCGCCCGAUAGUCACAAAUUCAAGCUGACCAUGUUCCAGCCCACCGAUCCAACCAACUUCUUCAGGACUGUCUCCAAAGAAUUGAAGUUGCUGAAGAGCUCGCUUCCGCCGGGUGUAUGGGUGAAAGGAUUCGAGGACCGUAUAGAUCUGUAUUCCGUAAUGUUCCGCGGGCCCGAGAAAACGCCCUACGAGGACGGCCUCUUCCUCUUCGACUUCCAAUUGUCGGCUGACUAUCCAGCCGCGCCACCUCUCUGCCAUUACAUUUCCUACUGCAGCGAUCGGUUGAAUCCGAAUCUGUACGAAGAUGGGAAGGUGUGCGUGAGUCUGCUAGGGACCUGGUCCGGUCGCGGUACGGAAGUAUGGACGAGUUCGUCGACCCUGUUGCAAGUGAUCGUUUCGAUACAGGGUCUGAUCCUCGUGAGCGAGCCGUACUUUAACGAGGCGGGCUUCGAGAAGCAGAAGGGUUCGCAGCAGGGACGCGAAAACUCGAGGAUGUAUAACGAAAUGGUGGUACUGAAGCUGGUGCAGGCGCAAACCAAGUUGCUGCUACAUCCACCGCCUGUAUUCAAGGACAUUAUCAUCGCGCAUUUCAAGAAACAUGCCGAGAAACUGCUGCAGAGACUCGAACUGUGGAUGGAAAUAUCCGAGCAGCACAACAAUCAACAUCCGCUCUCUCCUGUCACUCCAACUACGUUUAAAGAAAUCGCUGAUAUCGACGAGAAAGUAUUGCCUGAAUUCCCGCUGAUCCCGGCAUCGCGCGGUUUCUGCAUAACCCUCUGCAAGACUUUGGCAAUAUUUAAGGGAGUGCUCAUUAAAGAGAAUAUAAUCCAAAGGCCGAGUGAAUGGCAAAAUAAUGAAAACAUCAUGGAGUUAAGGAACAAUACUACGAAUAAUCAGUGCCAAGAAAUGUCAAACAAAUCGGUUAACAGUAAAAUUACAGAAUGUAAUCAGAGCAGUAGCGGCAUGAGCAAUACGCAGGAAAGUAACAAAAAACUGGCGUUAAAUGGCAAUCAAUCUACUAAAGAAGUGACGUCAUCUUCCGCAACGAAUAGCUUUGCGGCGGCGCCGAGCGAAACGAAAAAAGGUCUCUUGAGCCAAAACACCAGCUAGCCACAAGAAAUAUCGUGGCUUUACCGUGUUGCUCCACAACUAAGGACAAUUAUUCUAAGAGUAACUAUGAAUAGAGAGGGAAAAAAGAGAGAGCAUAAACGCGGUGAUUAUAACGAACAAAAGAACGUAUUCUUUUGCACAAUACACACAAACACAUACACAUACAAACACACAUACACACACAAACACACACACACAUACAAACACAGAGAUACAUAUACACAAAAACUUAAUAUAUUGUCAAGACAAAUUGUAAAAUUAUCGCGUUAAUUCGACAUCGAAACAAAAAGGAAAAAAAGAAGACCUAUAUAAAGCUCCUCUUGCAUUUAGUUCCAUACUUUUAAGUAUAAAAGAUAUUGCGUUGCCUGUGACAAAUAUGAAAAGUUAGCUAAAAUCUCGAUGAGGUAAUAAAAACAUAUAUAUAUAUAUAUAUAUAAUAUAAAAUAUAGCGCAGAAAGAGAAGGAGAGAUAAGCAGAAUUUGCCAUUCUGUGAAACAAUGUGGAGAAGAAAAUAUGGCGAGAGAUAAAGACCAGUAGCAAUAUGCCGAACUAAUGAGGAGAAAAGAAACGUUGCAAUCUUAAAAGAUAAUAAUAGCGUGUUAAUUCUGCGUAGCACAUUUUCAUGACUGCACUUUCAGUAAUGUGUGAUGUAUUGUCGAAAUUGUAAAUCGAUUAUUCCCGUCGAAACAUAUGUACAUAUAUACAUACAUAUGUAUAUUAAUAUACGUAUAUGUAUGCAUGUAUAUAUGUAUAUUUUUUGGAAUUACUAUGCCAUCCAAGUAAAUUGUUGGACAUUUAUAAGAAAGGUACUCGCGAUCAAUCGUUCUUACGAAGAAUCUCAGUGGAUUUCUACCACGAACUUUUAUCUCAGAAAUUUUAUUCCAGGCAGCUGAUCGAAAACGAAGCUUAGCCAGACCGCUCAGAGGCUCGAGAUUCGCUUGUUUGCAAAAAAUUGGAAUUACGCUCUCUAUCGAGCCGCAAGAAUCUUUCUUAUGACGGCUCAACAUUGUACCACGAAUAUUCUCAAGCGAGAAACUAUGAGGAGUGACUUUAAUCGCAAAAACGUGUAGAGGGAAAAUAGCUUAGGAGAAAAAAAACAAAUCCAAAUCUAGAUGAAAUCUUUACGACGACUAUGUCUAGUGUAUAUGGAUUUUCUUAGCACAUAGCCUGUAAAGCAUAGAAAUUUAGAAAGAAAUGCAUUAUCCUUACGAUCAAUCUUUUGUCGAGAUUUUCGUCGAAGGUAGAUCUUCCUCUUUUCAUUCCUAUACUUUUUUUGAGAGAUAUAUAUAUUGCGGAAGAGGACUCUGAUUAGAACGUGUUUACUCUCGAGUAUUGUUCCAAUGGAUAUUAAUUAUCGUUAUUGUUUAGUUCGAUCGAUAAUUAAAGUGCAUCGUAAGACGGUGUAUAUACAGUAUUAUUAUUCGUUUAUUCCGUUUAAUGAUUCUUACGUAUUAUUUAAGAUCAGGGAGUUGUUGUUUUCUGUGUAUAAAGUUAUGUUUAUACCGAUGCACAUUUAAGAUAACAAAAAGAAUGACAAAAAAGAGAUUUUCAGAGAUCAGUCUAACAAUUAAGAGUCACGUAAGUUAGUAAGAUGCUGCGGAGUGGUAUUUAAAUAUUUGUCAGUAGUUGUUUUCCUCUUUGUUACCCUUCUCUCAUGAUCCUCUUCAGAUACGGAAGAAAAGUAUAUAUAUACAUAUAUAUAUCGAGGUCAUCAUUCAAUCUAGCAAAGUGCCCGUAUAUGUAUUUCUUGUACGUCGAUCGAUUUCUUUCUCUCGUUUGGCGAAGGAUAAGGAGACUCUUAGAAAUUUACGGUGCUAAAACGAAUGAGUUUGCGAGAAAAGACGGCAGAGGUGUCUUGGGAUUAGAGAGAUCCUCGUUAAGGAGUGUAAAUGAGUAUGUUAAUAGAGGCGAAGAAAAAAUAGGCGAAAAGCCGCCGAAAUGUUUGGGAUGCCUUGUAUAUGUGCCAGCUAUAUUUACAUUUGAUUACAAUUAAAUAUUCGUGUGUGAGUCACGUAUUUGAAAAUUUGUUUCACGCAUUGCGAAAGGGAAACCAAAAGGGAGAAAAGAAAGGAAAAGUCACCGGAAUGUGCGAUGAUUCGCUAUAAUUACGAGCGUAAAAUGUGAGCGUAAAAAAAAAUGAGAAAAGAAAAGAAAAAGAAAAUCAGAAAGAAAAAAAUAGUUCUAGUCUAACACGAUGAAGUUGAUGUACGACUAUUUAGAUUAUUUAACGUUUUAUUUAUAAUUUUUAUGUUUAAUUUUGUUCGAGACUGUUCUUCCCCCGCCUUCGUUUUCUCAUUCAUUGUCUCUUAAGCUCCUCUUCGUAUAUAUAUUAGGAAAUUAUAUUUAAGAUUGUUAUAUUUUAUUAUUUAAGAUUCGAGAAUCGUCGUUUUUAUUAUACUCUGUAAAGUUUUGUUUAAGUUUAAAGGCAUUUCAUCGAGAUCGUUUCCUCUCAUUUGCCUCUUCGUUUUUAUUGUACCAUCGAUCAAUUUGAAAUUGCAGAUUCGUAGUAAUUUGCUAAAGAUGUAAGUUCAGUUUCCUUAAUUCGGGUCAAUAAAAAGUCAUUAUAGAAUCAACGGA